UGACUCUCGCGGAGCGCGAGGUUUAGAGGAUGUCAGCAGGUUGCUCGCUGGUGGUUCUCGGAGCUGCGGCGAUCUGACUCGUGUGUUUUUAGCUGGUUCUUUAUUCUGUGGUUUUUCUUCCAACGGUGUUUGUUGUGCGUUGAUGUGGUCUGCCGGGCCAGGCAUGAGCCAGGCUUGAAACCCGCGUCGUCGGCAGGUGUUCGGGAGUCCGCGGGAGAGCCAGCAACUGCGCGCUGCUCGCCAUGUCACGUCGCUUCAAGGCAACCGGGUGGCAGUGCUGAAGCAGAGAGUUGCUGCCCGAUGGAUCGGGCGUUGAUUCAGGGCAUCAAGCGUCUGCGAGUGCUGACCCCGUACGACUAUGACAACAUGGACGAGCUUGUCCAGGACCUGACUAGCGCCCUCGAGGAGUCCUCCUCGUCUGCUCAGCGACACCGCUGCCAACGACACCCGCGGCCACCACAGCGCAAGUGGUGGUCCAAGAAGACCCUCUUGCCCCCCUCAGAUGGCGACGCUGUGCGCCUGCAAGGGGCUGUAUCUUCCUCAACGACAUGCCAGACUACCCGUUCCGUGAGCGCUGUGUCUGGAGAUGACUCCGAGUCCAGCCUGGAGGGACGGGCCGUGCCUCGGAUGCUGGAUGCUCCCCAGAGUGACUCGGAUGACCUGCUCCAGCGACUGUGCGCAUGGCGCCAUCGGCAGGCCAAUGCGGCCGAAUCGGACUCGCUCAACGAGAACUGCCUGCCCACAGCAGCGCGGCCACAGAGACGCAAGCGAAAGUUGAAGCGCAUGGCCGUCGACCUGGAACCGCCAUCUGGGGACUCGUCCCAAGGAUUGCCGGACAUCAACAAGCCAUCGUCUCAGCUGAAGGCUGCCUCACUCGAUGGUGCCACCAAGUGCACGGCGGGAGGGUCGCAGCAGCUCUGUGGCCCCCCAGCUGCGAGAGCAACUGUGGGCAGCCUGUGCGGCAAGCGCAAGCGCAGCAUGCGCGAACGCAGCCUUGAGUCAGUCGGCCACCGGCGCUCCUCUGAGUGCUGCGACGACAUGGAGCUGGAGGAAGCCAAGCCUCACCAUGGCGAGGCCAGCAGUAGCAGCCUGAGCAGCAGCGAGAGUGAUGCUGGCAUCCUGACAAAUGACGAAGGCCGUGAAGGGGACGAUGAACAGAGUGACUUCUUCCAUGAGGGCGGACCGAGCUGCUGGUGGGACGAACUUGAUGGGGAGCUGGAUGCCCGCUUUCAAGCCAUCCUGGCUGGAAGCCUCAAGCACAUGUCACCCGCUGCCCGCCGGGCCUACCACAAUAAUGUCAAGGGUGGCAGAGCCAUUCGGUCUGGCCGGCGGAGGCUCGCUAAAUCGGUGGUGUCGAUAUCACUGCCCACAACCUCAUCUCAUAGAUCAGUGGAGUUGCUUUCGAAAUCGGAGAACUGGCCAGGGUCUGCAUUGAAUGAGCGUGCACCUCGCAGCUGCCUGGCAGAGGUCAAGCGCCGGCGUCGCACACCCCCUGCAGGACCCGUAGUACCAGGGCUGGUAGGCAGCAAGGCUCCUCCCGUGGGAGAGUCCAGUGUGGGCCACCAGCUGCUCCGGCGGCUUGGUUGGGAGCCCGGUCGGGGGCUGGGGCCAGCCGGUGCGGGGGUACUGCUGCCGGUCCCUGCGCACGUGCGUCCACGGGGCCGCCCGGGGCUGGGGUUUGCACCCCCGCCACCGCCACCCCCGUCACCACAGCCGUCGCCCACGGGGCAGCAGCCCCACGUGGAGGGGGCCUCCCUUUCCAGCUGACCAACCCUGCAGCCUCGCGCUCUCCCCACACUGCCUGCUAGCCGACAACAUCACCGAGCCCGGAAUCUCGCAAUGCUGGCCACCUGAGGUCUGGAGGCAGCACUUUUCCCAAUCCCUGCUGGCUACAUCAGCUGCAAAGGAGUCAGUCUGCAAAGCAUCCUUGAUUCACAAGGCCAGGCAUCUUGAGGUGUCAUUAUCACUGCCCAGUGGAAAAAUAUUGCACAAAUUUCUAGCAUGCUGAGCUUCUUUGAUGGUGGAUGUGUGCACGUGACUCAGUGGUGGACCAAGUGAAAAGAAGAAAUGCCUACCUGGUGAUUUUUGGUGACCUGAAAAACAAGCAGGCUACGUUUCCUUUGACCUGCCUUCCAAAUGUGUUGCUUUGGCAAAGCAGGUGUCUCAUGUCUCUUGUAUAAUGACGGUUAGAACUCCUAGAUGCACAGCCUUUUGUGGUAAGUUUUUACUGCCAUUCACAUGCUGUCACGAUAUCAUUGUUGCUCCACUUUCAUGCAAUGUUUUACCAUUGGGACUUAAAUCUCUAUGUGCAUUCUUUUUUUUUUUUUUGCUGAUGGUUAUGGUGGGCUUCAAUUGCUUUAUUUAGUAGAAAAAUAAAUUACACCAGUAAAUUCAUUGUCACUCUCAUUAUAUGGUGUUUUCUGUGAUCACAGGUUAUUAAAGUGUAGUGACUAUGCAUUGACUGCACCUCUUGAUUGGUUGAUGACAAGUGCUUUGGCGGGGCACCAGUUUACAGAUAGCAGCCAUGUUGUCUUUCUUGUUUCCUUCAAUGCCAGAUCAUUAUAAUAAAGCAGUUUGCAUAACUGCAAAGGUGUGACACUUCGUCCAGUAUUGCGGUGAAGUUAGCUUCACUUUUGGUCACAGAAAUUCGUUCUCUAAAUAUCUGAACAAGACUCAUAGAAACAUGGCGAUUUUUCUGAUUCACUACACUAAAAUGUCCUUUGCUUUUUUGCAUUUUACUCUGGCAUCAUGCUGCUCUCGUUGGCAGUCUUGACACUUGUUUUGUUACUGCAACAUAUGAGCUGAUAAAUGGGCCAAUGUUCUUGAA